AUGGAAGCACAAUGGAGUGACUGGGGAAAGUGGACAAAUUGCGAUACCAGGUGUCAGAGCGGAAAACAGUUUCGUGAACGUGUUUGUGACAAUCCUGUCCCGCAAUACGGCAAAGCCGGUUGUUCCGGAGACGAAAUAGAAGUCCGAGCCUUUGCCGACUGUUCGGAAAUAAGGCAGAACCUUGGCAAAGUGCUUUCUGGCGUCUAUCAUAUCACAACAUGGAAAACAAAUCAAAAUGCGAGUGUGUUCUGUGACAUGGACACCGAUCAGGGAGGUUGGACCGUGUUUCAACAUCGCAUGAAUGGAAAAGUGGAUUUCUACCGCAACUUCUCUUCGUACGAGAAUGGGUUUGGAUCUCUGCAGGGAGAAUUCUGGUUGGGCCUCAAACUGAUGAAUGAGAUGACAACCCGGACAUCAAAUGAUUUAAGGAUUGACAUCACACGUGGCAGUGGUAGCACCGGCUAUGUCGUAUACGCUGACUUCAGUGUGGGAGCCGGGUCUAAUUAUACCCUACAUGUAGGAAAUACACUGUCAAAAAGUGGAGUGAGUGCGAGUUCUGUAGGGAUUCAUACCUACCACAACGGUUCUGCCUUUUCCACAUUCGACCAUGACAAUGACCGUUAUAGCAGUGUUAAUUGUGCUGCUAGAUAUCGCGGAGCAUGGUGGUACACUGCUUGCUUUUAUUAUGCGAACCUGAAUGGCCAGUACUACACACCCGGAACUUUUGUCGGCAACCAAACAGCUAUGUUAUUUGAUAACAGUGAAUCGCUUAAAACUAGCAAAAUGAUGUUUAGACCUUAGACCUUAAGUGAAGCUAGUAUUUCACUAACACGUGUGUUUUCUUAUCAUAUUUCAGUACUGGUUUAUGUUCAGUUGAGUUUUUUUUUUAAAUAAAUUGCCAUUAUUUCAACGCACGGAUUGAAAAUUCGCCUUAAGUUUAUCGAAUACACAUUACAACAAUUGAUUAAAUAAUUGAAGCUUUAUUGCUCAGAUAAGGCAUUUUCGGUCUUUAAUAAGGUCAUUUUAAGUUUGAUUAUUAUUUGUGAUAAUCACAUUAUGAUUGAUUUUUAUAUUUUCCUUAUUAUCUCGAUAUAUACCGCUUUGGUAAUUGAAGGCUAUAAAUCACUUAAAAUUAGUACAAUGACGUUUAAUUCUUAUACCAUUUGUGAAGCCAUUAUUUCACAAACAUUACUUUUUCUCAUUCUAUUUAAGUUUUCGAAUAAUAAUAUAUUAAAUUGAUAAUAAUGUAUUGUCCACUUCUUGGCAUUAAAUAAUCAACGGAUGGUACGAGCGCUAUUUUCGAAUAUUUUUUUUUCGAAUAUUAAAUUAUCUGUUUAGAAAUAAACAGAUUUGAAGAUCAGUUUAGGCAAAGAUUUUUCAUUUUUGAUAGUAUUUUUUUUAUUUUAAACUGUGAUACUGAAAUACUAUUUGACUGAAUUUGUUUUGUGUAUUGAAAUCAUUGUAUUGAAAUACAAGCAUUAACAUAAUGUAUUGCAAUGCUAGCUUUGA